AUGCGCUUCUCAGACAGCUUCCAGGCUUCAUCUCACUGCGCGCCCAGUCCCCACGGGAGACUCGUGGCAACGCUCUCUGCCUCUUCCCUGCACAUUCGAGCCGUUGAGUCCCUGCAUACCGUCAGAGACAUCGAACUGCCACGCGACUUCUCUGGCCCCGUGACGUCUCUUCAGUGGUCUCCGUCUUCUAGCCUGGUUCUGGUCGCCUCCGCCCAUCAGAUACAUGUUUUUUCCGCCUUGGGCGAUGACUUCCAUGCAACCAUACGCAACCCCCUGCCCCCUGCAUCAAAACCAAUCUUGGUCGGCUUUGGCGCAUCCGACUACCAAAUCUGUCUUUGCGCAUCUCUGGGGCUCAGGUUUGCCAUCUUCGACCUGCGCUCCUCCAGAGCAGUCGAGAUAGCCAAUCCCAAGUUCCAUGCCACACCAUCCGCCUGCUGCAGGGGCUUCUGCUUCCGGCCGCGGACCGGCCACCUGUCGAUUCUGACACGCGUGUCAGGGAAAGACACGAUAAGUAUACACGAUCCUACGUCCAUCGAAGUGCAGAGGUCCUGGUCUCCGGACACAAUCGAUGCCCAGGGCCUAAUCUGGGACCCGGAUGGCCAAUGGCUGUUGACCUGGGAGGCUCCGGCCCAUGGCCACAAAGUCUUGUUCUACACUGCUGAUGGAAACCUCCUCAAGACCUGGUCUGGCCCGCGGCCCCUUGUAGCAGCCGACAGCGAUAUUAGGCUUGGCCCCGGCGUCAAGCUGUUGGAGUUUUCUGCAGAUGCCCGGCGUCUGGCCAUCGGGGACUCUAGUAGGCGCAUAUGCGUCCUCGACAUGGCAUCCGUCACCGAAUCCCUGCGGCUGCAGCACCCCAACAGUAUAGCACCUACAGAUACCCUCCAGGUCUGGCAGGAACAAAUCAGCGCUGCUGGUCACCAUUUUGUCCGUGCCCCACAGACUAUUUUCCCUCCCACCAGCCAGACUGGAGGCAGCGGUUGUGCCCUAGCUGCCUUUGACCCAUCAUCGACUCUUCUUGCUACCAAACUUGAAGAUGCGCCAGGCACCCUCUGGGUCUGGGACAUCGAGGCUGCUGAACUCCGGGCAGUCCUGUUGUUCCAUGGAAACGUGUCAAGGCUUUCGUGGCACCCUACCAUUCGUGAGACCUUGCUCGUGAGUUGCGAAGGUGACUCGCAUAACUCGCUGGCGUUCACGUGGGAUCCUCUGUCCGACGGCCCAAGACCGGCCGACUUCUCUGGUCACCUCUCAAACGGCAAAGUGCAGGUGCUCUGGCUACAAAUAGAUGGGUUGGAAUCAGGCGCUUUGUUUGCUUCAAACAGCGGCCAGUACAUACUGGCUUCUUUGGCCGAUGACGAGGACGAGCCUGUCCCAUGGCCCGCUGGUGACCAGCUUAGUGGCCUGCUGAGCGAGAACUCCCCACGUCGCACAAUUGCGCAUAUCGAAAAUUCGCCUGAAGAGGAAACCAGCGAGCUCGAUGACACCUUUUGUUUCAAAAGAACAUGA